AUGAAUCCCGCUCUCUCCAAAUUCAUGCUCAAAAGUACACCUAAGAGUAUCAUCGAUCCACAGCCCGAAAUGAACACUGCUAUCCCCCUCAACACUGGCGCGACCAUCCCCGCCCUGGGAUUGGGAACGUGGCAGUCUGCGCCUGGCGAGGUCAAGAAGGCUGUUGUCCACGCCAUUGAGAGUGGUUACAGACACAUUGACUGUGCCUUUUGCUACCAGAACGAGGAUGAGGUCGGCGAGGCGCUCCAGGACGUCAUUUCGCGAGGAAUCGUGAAGAGAGAGGACUUGUUCAUUACCAGCAAGCUCUGGUGCACAUUCCACACUCGCGCUGAGGAGGGUCUGCAGAAGAGCUUGGAUCUGCUCAAGACACCUUAUGUGGAUCUCUACCUCAUGCACUGGCCCGUUCCUAUGAACCCCAAGGGCAACCAUCCCCUCUUCCCCAAGCACGAGGACGGUUCAAGAGACAUCGACACUUCAAUCACCCACCAAGACACAUGGAAGAACCUCGAGAAGCUGAUCCAAUCACAUCCCGACAAGGUCAAGGCCAUUGGCGUCGCCAACUACUCUGUCAAGUACCUCGAGAAGCUGCUGGCCAAGGCCACCAUCGUCCCCGCUGUCAACCAGAUCGAGAACCACCCUCUUUGCCCACAACAGGAGGUUGUUGACUUCUGCAAGGAGAAGGGCAUCCACAUUACAGCCUACAGUCCGCUAGGAAGCACUGGCUCGCCACUCUUCAAGGAUGAGGGCGUCAACGAGGUCGCAAAGAAGCACAACGUCACUCCUGCUGUUAUACUCCUGAGCUACCACCUCGCCCGCAACUCCUCCGUCCUCGCAAAGUCCGUCACCCCAUCCCGCAUCGACGAGAACAAGAAGCUCAUCUCCCUCGAUGGCGAGGACAUGGAGAAGCUGGAGAAGAUCCACAAGGAGAAGGGUAUUACCCGCUACGUAUACCCGCCCUUUGGUGUCAAUGCUGGAUUCCCGGAUAAGCCUGAGGGUAUGGAUCUCAGCGGACCUUGA